AUGAGCAAGUACUGCGUUGUCUUCGUGUACCUUGGGUUUUUCAUGGCCUCCAGUCGCUUCUGCCUGGUUGGUGUGCCUUCCAAAGCACCCCAGGAGUCUCACGCUCCGCAGGCGUGUCCAAACAGCUGGGUGAUUUAUAUGGGAGUUGUCUAUGCCUUCAUUUACUUUAGCACAGACCAGUACGUGCCGAGUUUGCCACAGAUGGAGUCAGAUCUUGCCGGCUCACAGACGUUGAUGAGUGGUACGGUUCAAUUGAACUUGGUUGUGAAGUCCAUCUUUGGGCUUAUCAGCGCAGGCUUGUCUGACCGCAUUGGCAGACGGCCGGUCGUCUUGGCAUGCGUUGUUCUGCUGAGCCUGGCUAGCUUGUGCUGCGCAUGUGCUGGGCGGAUCGAGUGGUUCAUCGCUGCUCGCAUUCUGCAAGGCAUGGGGGAAUCAGUCGAGCCAGUGUUGUUUGCCAUGGCCCGGGACUACUUCCCCAACCCGACAGAGCGCUUCAGGGUCAUGGCGGCUUUGCAGAUGACGGCCAUUGUUGGUACCGCUGUCGCCCCUCUGUAUGGCGGAAUGUGCGCAGCUUACCUCAGCUGGCGCCUCUCCUUCUUUGGCUUGGCAGUUGUCUGGGGGCUGCUGGCGGCAUACGCCUUUUGGGCCAUGGUGGAAUCGUGCCCCGAGGGCAGCAAUGAGAGCUAUUGGAAGAAUGUGGCGCGCAUCCUGGAUCCGCAUCUUCUUUGCUUGCUGCUGACUGAGAGUUGCAUUUUGGGGCAAUAUUUCACAUUUAACGCCAACGUCAGCUACUUGAUGGAGGUAAGCUUCAGUCGAUCUGUCAUGGCAACCUCCACCGUCAUGCUCCUGUUUGGCGCUUUGUGUGGACUUGGCGGCGUGUCGAUCGAGCGAGUUCAGCUAGGUAGUGUCCGCCGCUUGGGUCAAGUUACUUUGUCGCUUCUGGCUCUCUCUGGGAUCAUCUCGUUGGUUCUCGGCCUCUUCUUCUCCGAUCAUUUAUGGUGCUACCUGGUUGGCUCCUUUCUGCAGGCGAGCGUGCUGAUGAUGGCCUGGGCUUCCACCAACGUCCUGUUUUUUGAACCUCUGGAAGACUGUGCUGGCAUGGCGGCAUCGUUCGAGAUCUUAGCACAAAGCAUUCCCCCAAGCCUUCUCUCCGCAAUGGCCACCCAGUCUAUGAUUAACGUGGGGCCGAAGGGGCUGACACUGUGGCAGUCAGGAGCUUGCAUUGCCGGCGGGGCCAUAUUCUGGCUGGGUUUUGGUUGGGACCCUCCAAGCUGGGCUCUGACUCCGCAGCCUUCCCACGCCACUGCAUCUCCUGAAGCAUCAGAGACAAGCUAG